AUGCGAUCGUUACGCCGGAUUCUCUCGCCUAGUUCUGACAUCGAGGAGAGGCAUGCUAGAGGUCGUAACGACGGGGCCAAGUCGCCAAAUCGGGUGUCCUCGUUUCUAAACAGCUUCCGAAAGACGCCUAGUCCGGGACUUUCUGGCGACCACGCGACUCAUAGAGGUCUUUCUAGAAGGUCCACCCUCAAAUCGCACGAAGAUCAUGAGGUUAGUGAAGAGGCUCCUAUAAAGACCCCUGUGCCGGUUGCGCUUAACCGGCUGAGUCUGGCUGCUGGAUCAGAUGACGAUAAUGAGGCCGAAGAAAGUCACCAAACAAACAACGAUUCGGUAUCUGAUGGCGAUCCAGAGAAUUAUGACGCGCUCCAAGGAGACGCUGAUCUUUCCAAAACAAUGAGCCGUCAAUAUGCUUCCUCUCUAAUCGGAGGUUCGUCCGUGGUGCACGUGGAUGAUGAAGCCAUAGAGUCUGACGAGGAAACGGAAAUACCGACUGAAUUGAAGAAAGUAGAGUCUCUGAAAGCACCCGAAAAUGCUGAGGAACACAAAAUUUUCUCGUUUGCCAUGCCCUUUGGUGGAAACCUCUCUUCUGGUAUACAGCUUCCGAGCCUGAGGUUCCCAUUUUCGGAUAGUAAUGAUGACGAUAACGCGCUCAAAGAUGUGAUCAAGGAUAAACUGAGACGCCAGGAGUCUAUCUCGAGUUUUGAGGAGAAGUUUCUGUUCAAGGAGGUGAAAUUCGGCACGGACCCAUCACGGUUUGAUGCUAUCAAAAGGGCAGUGCUACCGGUGUCGUUGAGGCAUGAAAUUAAACACUUUUUGUCUGAUACAGAACGGCCCAGAUAUGAGACAGUAUUUGACGAGAUUGCUGGUGAUGUGUUGAUCUUGGGUGGUUACAGAGGAAGCAUUCUGCGUGACAAUUUCACGAAACGCAGGGUGUGGGUUCCCGUGGUCAAGGCUGGGCUGAAUCUGAAGAAGAUUAAUCUUCUGGUAGGUCCUAGUGAUGAAGAUGAGCUCAGAGCUCACGAGACUGUAUAUGCUGAUGGUAUUCUUUCUCAUGUGGGACCCAUUGACAUAUCCAGAAGACUCAUGAAAAAGCUUGACAACGGUAAGGUCACACUCCAUGACUUUGGCUAUGACUGGAGAUUGUCAUGUGACUUGAAUGGAGAGAAACUGUACAAGACGUUGAAGAAUAUCAACAGAAAAAAUGGUAAUAAGGGCGUGUUGGUAAUUGGGCAUUCCAUGGGGGGAUUGGUAGCCCAUUAUGCCAUGCAGAAAGACCCAACGUUAAUCAGAGGUCUGGUCUAUGUGGGUGUUCCUUUUGAGUGUCCAAACGUCUUAGGGCCCAUUAGAUGGGGCGAUAACGUGCUGUUUUCCACAAAAGUUCUCACUGCUGAGGCCAACUUUUUUUUCAGAUCAAGUUUUGUGUUCCUGCCUGAAGAUGGUCGAAUCUUCACAGAUAAAGCAACUGGCAAAAGAAUUGACCUCGAUUUCUACGACCCAGAUGUCUGGGUUGAAUAUAACUUAUCGCCGUUGGUUUCUCAAAAGAGAAAGGACGCAAUGGUCAAACGAAAGUCAGGGGAGGAGAGUGCUCAAUCUCACUCCACGAAAAGUACGCUCGUCAGAGGUUUGACAUCGCCUAUUCAACCUUCCUUUGAAAAGGUCAAAUCUCUGGAGAUCAUCAACUCCAUACCAUUGGUCCACGGCAUGAAUUCGAACUCGAACUCCAACGAUACAGUCUUACCUGACGUUGACGAGAAUUUCCAUGCGACAUUUGAGGAGUCCUACGACUACCUUAGCAGAACUCUUGAGAGAACGAGAAAGUUUCAUCAGUUUCUCAAACACGACUCCUCCAAGAAAUACCCUCCGCUUGCGUUGGUGUACAGUUAUAGCGUUCCAUCAGUGCGCGAAUCGUUGGUAGAUGGGGUGAAACGAUUGAAAGAAGGAGAUUUCUUCCAUUUCGCCUAUGGUCCUGGUGAUGGUGUUAUUCAUCAGAAGUGGCUCAUGCCGGAGCCAUAUGGCUUUUCGUUGGUGGGAAAGCAUUCAUCUACCUAUGGUCAUGUGAGUCUCAUGAGUGAUCUGAAAGCCAUGGGACAAGCCUUGAUAUCGAUUGUUGAUGCUGAGAAAAAUUGA